AUUCCACUUUCUUUCGCUAUUUUCAGAAUUUCAGUAAGCGAACUGUGACUCAGUCCCAUCGUCCUCCUCAUCCUCCUCCGGCCCCCGCCGGCCGCUUCUCUAACCACUCUUCUUCUCUCGUUUCCGUGAAUUUCUCAGACUAGACCUGCGGUUCUUCAGUUUUACAGUGUACAAUGCCGUCGCCGUUAAAAUCCAGAUCGAAAUCCAAAUCGAACUCGGAAUUAGCUACUUCGAAGUUCAGAUCUCUGCAGCUUGUGCCGUACGAGAACAAUGCCGUCGCCGAUCACACUCCGGUGCCGCUGGCUGUUCUUAACCCUAAGAUUUCGAUGGCGGCUGGUUUCAGAAGGUCACCAAGGUUUAGUCUUAGUCCUGUGGAUGUUCGUCCGCAGAAUGUGGCUAGAAAUAGCGGUAAAAGAGCUCGUUCUGGCUCUUCUCCUGAUCUGCAUGUUGGAUUGUUAGUGAAUGAGAGUUGCCAGAGGAGGUCACCGAGGCUACAUCCCGGAUUGGCUAGUGGAAAUGGAGAUGGAGCUGGUAAGCUACCUCUAAAGAAAUGCAAAUUGUUGUCGAUGGAUGCUGGUAGUUUGAGAAGGUCGCCACGGUUCAACGUGUCCGGGAGCGGGAAUGGAGAGAAAAUGGAGGAGUUGUCUGCAAGAACGACGUCGAAGAAGAGGAGGAAGAUCAGCGAUUCAGGAAGAUUUGCAACGGAAUCAGCCGAGCUGAGAUCCUUGAGACGCUCUCCUCGAUUCGACUCAAUUAACGUCGAGGAGAGGAAAUGCGGCUUCAAUCAGGGUGAAAAGGCUACUGAAAAAUGCUUGACCUAUAAAGCGGGGAAGAAUGUAGUUAAAAAUGUGGUGGGCAUGGAACAGAAGUCCACUAAGAGAUCUCCAAGAUUUUCAUCUAAUCAAGUAGAAAAUGAACUUGGAUGUAAUAUAUCUUCAUCGAAGAAGAUUUCCUCAAGAAAGCUUAAAUCUCCCAAGAAAGACAGCUUUGAUGCAUUAUCAUUGACAGUCUACGCUGAAAUGAAUUCAUCAAGAAAAUUAGACACAGAAGAAUUAUCUUUCUUAAAGCAAGAAGAGAUUAAUGAAGCACUAAUUUCUUCGAUGUUGGGAACUUCAAAUCUCGAAGGAGGAUUUUGUCACAAGAUAGAUGACGAACCAUCACUUUGCUUACUGUGUAGAAAUCACAAAGAAGAACCUAAAGUCUUCAGUUGCAACUCUCAUUUAGUUGCUGAGAAGCUUUUAAGAAGGUCUCCAAGGCUUUCCUCGGACUUUAAAUGUAAUUGCAAUGUUGAUUAUUGUAGUGACAAGCCAUUAAGUAGAUCUCCAAGACCUUCAUUAUCUUCAUGUGGCAAUGAGCAAUCCAAGUCCUUAGAUAAUCAAAUGUCCACGUUUGCAUGUGGGACUGAAACUAGUAAAAUCAGAUAUUCUUCCUCUGAACUUCUAGAGUCGGGGAUAGAGUAUCCUCUGGAGAAAAUUAGGAAUUCUUCUGGUGCUGACAAGAAAAAUAACAUACGCAAAAUGGCUUCUUUCUUUGUUGGAGAUCCGGUUCCUGCUGAUGAGGCUCAACAGAGAUGGAAAUGGCGCUAUGAAAUGAAGAAUCAAAUUUCUAAGGAGCGAAAGGUGAGAGAAAGUGAUGAUGAUGAAGAUAUGAUUGUGGUUAAUGUGGAUUGCCAUUAUACUCAAGCUAAUAUUGGAAAUACUGUUUUCAGUCUUGGAGAUUGUGUAUACAUCAAGGGUGAAGGAGAAAAAAAUCAUGUUGGGACGAUUAUAGAAUUUUUCAAGACAACAGAUGGGGAAAAUUAUUUCAGAGGACAAUGGUUUUAUAGAGUAGAAGAUACAGUUAUACAGGAAGAGGGUGCUUUUCAUGACCCAAGGCGUUUAUUUUAUUCAACGGUUAUGAAUGACAAUCCAUUAGAUUGUAUUGUUUCAAAAGUUAAUAUUAAACGUGUAAAACCCAGGGUAGGUCAGAAAUCAAACUCUGCAUCUUCAUUUGAUUUCUAUUAUGACAUGGAAUACUGCGUAGACUAUUCGGCUUUUCGCACCUUGAAAGAUGAUGAAUCCCUUAAGAAUAUUGACACAGCACCAACCAACCGCAUUGAAACUUCUCAUGUAUCAUCCUCAUUGAACAUUUUGGAGAAUAUUCCCAAGAAGGCGGAGUUAGAAUUAUUAGAUCUCUUUGCGGGAUGUGGGGGAAUGUCGACUGGACUAUGCCUUGGUGCCAAACAUUCUUCUGUUGACCUCAUUACGAGAUGGGCUGUUGAUAACCGUAAGGCUGCAUGUGAGAGCUUGAGACUGAAUCAUCCAGAAACACAUGUCAGAAAUGAAACUGCUGAGGAUUUUCUGGACUUAUUAAAGGAGUGGGAAAAACUAUGUAAACGUUAUAAGGCAAAUGAAUCAGAGAGAUCACGACAAUUAAGGUCAAAACCUGAUAAUAAUUUGACGUCCCCCAAUGAUGAAGAUGAACUUCCAACUUCUGAGUUUGAGGUCUCGAGCUUAGUUGACAUUUGUUAUGGUGAUCCAACCAGAACAGGCAAGCGUGGAUUAAAAUUUAUGGUGCAUUGGAAAGGCUAUGGUCGAAGUGAAGAUACAUGGGAACCAAUUGAAGGUUUAAGCAACUGCCAGGAAGCAAUUCGGGAUUUUGUGAAAAGAGGUUUGAGACAAAAAAUUUUGCCACUCCCUGGAGAUGUUGAUGUUAUUUGUGGAGGUCCUCCUUGCCAAGGGAUCAGUGGCUAUAAUCGCUUUAGAAAUGUCGACUGUCCCAUGGAUGAUGAACGAAAUCGCCAGAUAGUUAUCUUCAUGGAUAUAGUGAAGUUUUUAAAGCCUAAAUAUGUAUUGAUGGAAAAUGUGACUGACAUUUUGAGAUUCAAUCAAGCUUCUCUUGGACGAUAUGCAGUGAGUCGUUUGGUACAUAUGAAUUACCAAGCAAGACUUGGAACAAUAGCUGCUGGAUGUUUCGGCCUCCCACAGUUUCGGUUGCGUGUUUUCCUUUGGGGUGCCCAUCCUAGUGAGAAAUUGCCUCAAUUUCCACUUCCGACGCAUGAAGUAAUUGUUAGAUAUUGGCCCCCACCUGAGUUUGAGCGAAAUACGGUUGCUUAUGAUGAGGACCAGCCCCGUGAACUUGAAAAAGCUGUUCUUCUUCAAGACGCCAUCUCUGAUCUCCCAGCAGUCUUGAAUUCAGAGUCUCGGGAAAAAAUGCCAUAUCAAAAGCCGCCUGAAACAGAAUUCCAAAGAUAUAUAAGAUCGUCUAAAUAUGAGAUGACAGGAUGUGAAACAGACAGCAAAAGUACAGAUUCACUUUAUGACCAUCACCCACACUUAUUAAGCGAAGACGACUACUUGCGAGUUUGUAACAUUCCAAAGAGAAAGGGGGCAAAUUUCAGGGAUCUUCCUGGUGUAAUUGUGGGGAGUGACAAUGUUGUCCGGAGAGAUCCAGAAAACGAAGUACUACUACCAUCUGGAAAAUCGAUGGUACCAGACUAUGCUUUCACUUUUGAACAAGGGAAGUCUAGAAGACCAUUUGGCAGGUUGUGGUGGGAUGAAACGGUGCCCACAGUAGUGACUUUCCCAAGUUGUCACAAUCAGGUAGCAUUACACCCAGAACAAGAUCGAAUCCUCACCAUAAGAGAAUAUGCAAGAUUGCAAGGGUUUCCUGAUUAUUAUAGAUUCUCUGGGUCUGUCAAAGAGAGAUACCGUCAAGUCGGGAACGCAGUCGCUGUAUCAGUUUCCCGGGCAUUGGGUUAUUCCCUUGGAUUGGCAGUGAGAAGAAUGGGAGGUGAUGAACCAUUGAUAGUUCUUCCUCCCAAGUUCUCUCUUUCUAACUAUAUUCAAUUGCAAAAACCACCACCUGAUAACGUUACUGAUUAGCAUUUCUUUUAUUUUAAUCUUCAAACUGACCUGUUGUUUAGUUGUUGCUGCUCUGAAAGUGUCAGCUUCACUUUCAUUGUAUUUACAUUCUUGUUAGAGCACUCACUUAAUUGAUCUCAAAACUUUCCUAGUAGAUCUCACUCUUAGCAAUGUAGUUUUCAUUUGUUGUAAACAUAUUCUCCUCAACCCUUUAGAAGCAUGUAUUUUUACAAUAAUCUCAAAUUUUGAGACAGAUGUUGAGAUUCUUGUGGUUACUUCAAAGGAAUGCAAGAUAUUUGCCAUUCCA